UCUCCUUUGUCCAAUGGCACAGGUCGCAUGGACGCCGCUCAUCAUCAUUGGCUCUGCAUGACCGAGUGAAUCGACGCAGGCAAGCUAGCCAUUUCUUCUUCUCUUCGACGCGCCUGCGAGUGGAGUAAGCUUUUAAAGCUGCUGCCUUGGAUUUGGGAAAUCUUUUUAUUGACCUCGUCUACCCCGCUACCGACCCCAUUUUCCAAUUGUCUCUGCGCCUCUCAAGCCAAAGGUGGUCGAGCAUAGCAGACAAGAACGACGUUUUAGGAAACCAAACCAUCCACCGUCAAGAUGAUCGAUCCUGUCGAAGCGCUCAUGAAGACGUCGACCAUACUACCGACGAUUCCCUCAACGAAAAUAACCGCCACUGCAUCAGCGACAGCUUUCCCCACGGUCAUUCCUGACCCGCCAGUAUACGAGAAGGCGACUGCUGCUGGCUUCCGCACACUAUGGGUUGUCUUCGUCGUGAUGGUCUUGUCUUCCGUGGCAUUCGCUGCAAUGGCCUGGACCAUCCCCUUGUCCCGCCGCCUAUUCCACACAAUCACCACUUUGAUCACCGUCAUCGCUGCAAUCUCGUACUUCGGCAUGGCAACCGGACACGGCGUCAACUACCAGCACAUCCACCAUGUCGAGCACCACAAGCAUGUCCCCAACACGCAUAAGGAAAUUUUCAGACAGGUCUUCUGGGCUCGCUACGUGGAUUGGUGCUUGACUACUCCACUUUUGCUUCUCGACCUGUUCUUCCUUGCCGGGGCAAGCGGAGGUCAUAUCAUCAUGGCCAUCGCUGCAGACAUCAUCAUGGUCCUGACAGGUCUCUUCGCUGCCUACGGAUCAACACAUAACGCACAGCGCUGGGGCUGGUACGCUAUUGCUUGUAUUGCCUUCCUCGUGGUCAUCUGGCACCUGGUGGUCAACGGUGGCGCCAACGCUCGCGCGAGGAGCGCGAACUUGGGCAAGUUCUAUGGAGCUAUUUCCGCAUAUACCAUUCUCAUCUGGGUCGUGUACCCAAUCAUCUGGGGUGUCGCCGAUGGUGCAAGACUCUUGAGCGUCAAUCAAGAGAUCAUCGCCUACGCUGUGCUCGACAUACUCGCCAAACCAGUGUUCGGUGCCUGGCUUCUGCUGACGCACAGCCGUAUGGCUGACGCCGGCUUUGAACUCGGCGGAUUCUGGACCUUUGGUCUCCAUUCUGAGGGUCGACUCCGCCUCGAGGAGGACGAGGGAGCGUAAGCGCACGCGGGCUCCUGAGCCUAAGAGGCAAGAGUCAACCCUGAAGAAUCGGUGCGACGCAAUGGUCGGAAAUGUUAUCGCAAUUCUGACCGCGGACAGAUCGCGGCAUAAUUAGGCAUAAAUUGAAACAAACUAAAGGAGUAGCGUGGAUAAAUUGUUUUUACUGCUUACAGUUUGGUGUGGUUGGCGCUUAGCGGUGAUCGUCUCCUCGCAAACGAUGGCAUGGUGUACGUAACACGGAACGGUACUUGCAUUACGGAUUAUUAUUAUGCGGUAGUCGCUCGUCCGAUCUACUUGUCGAAUUCAACCUACGGCCCGGAAUUCAUCUACUAGGGAGUUUUGCUUGUCUAAUGAUCUUCUACACGUA